AUUAUAAAAGAGUUUUGAAAGAAUGGCGGGAUUUCCAGGGUUGAGCUUUCUAGGCCCAAAAAGCAAGAACAUGGUAGUAGCGGGAGGCUUGACAGCAUUUGUAUCUGGUGUAUACUUCUACACAAUGAGGGCUGUUGGUGGCACCGACGAGCUUCAAAUGGCUAUUGACAAGUUUGAAGACCAAAAACCGGUUAAGUCCGACCCCAAGGCUCCAUCGAAGGUCUGAUCCUCACCACUUCACAGACUUGAGAUGUCCAAUGGAAACCUUUUGCUUUUUACUUUCCGCUGUGUCUAGUGAAGUACUUAAUUCGAAGAAUGUAAAACGGAUUUUUGGUCAAACGAAGAGCCCUGUUAAGCACAAUUUUCAAGGGUUUUCUUUUAUGUACCUGGAAACUUGUCUAGCUUGAGACGUCCAUUGGAAAACGAGUUUUGUUUAA